AUGAAGACCUCCACAGCUGCCUUUGCUGUGCUUUUUGUGGCUGUCCUCUGCUACCAGGUCUCCUCAUCUCCAAUGUCUGUCAACACUGGUCCCUGCUGCCCCAGCUACCUCACCAAGCCACUACCUGCAAAACGAGCAGUGAGAUAUGACUACACAGGCAGCCACUGCCCACAGCCAGCUGUGAUAUUUACCACAGUUUCACACAAGAUGGUCUGUAGCAACCCCCAUGAAGAGUGGGUCCAGAACAUUGUGAAUCAGCUAAAGAGGAAGCAGGCAGUGGCUGAGCAACCAUCACCUCCGUGA